AUGUCUAGCAUUACCUUCACAGUUUUCAAAGGCGACAAGUCUGGCGCGCCCAAGAAGGCCACUACGACUAAACCAGAGAAAUUAUCGGAAGAUUAUGUCCUAGUUAAAGUUACGGCUUCUGGACUAUGUGGAACUGAUCUCCAUUACAAAAAUGAUGAUAUGGUCUUAGGACACGAGGGAGUUGGUAUCGUCGAGUCUACAGGACCGGCAUGCAAAUUCUUAAAGAAAGGCGACAGAGUUGGCUGGGGUUACGAGCAUGACUCUUGCGGCCACUGUCAGCAAUGCCUAAGCGGCAGCGAGACAUACUGCCCUAAGCGUGCUAUGUACGGAUUCGCAGACCGGGACCAAGGCAGCUUCGCAUCUCACGCUAUUUGGAGAGAAGCUUUCCUAUUCAAAAUCCCCGAUGGCAUGACAGAUGAGGAUGCUGCACCUAUGCAAUGCGGCGGAGCCACCGUUUUUAAUGCUCUUCACGCCUACAAUACCACGCAGACAGAAACUGUCGGUGUGAUGGGAGUUGGUGGCCUUGGACAUCUGGCUAUUCAAUUUGCUGCCAAGAUGGGAUGCCGCGUUGUCGUUCUAUCCGGCACUGAUUCGAAGAAGGACGAGGCUAUGCGAUUAGGAGCGCACGAAUUUAUCGCCACCAAGGACGUGAAGGAGCUUAAAGUGUCACAGCCGCUGAACCGCCUGCUUGUGUGCACUUCAGCCCAGCCUAACUGGGAACAGCUUAUCCCCAUCCUAGCCCCAGGAGCAUGGAUUCACCCUCUUUCCGUCGACGAGGGCAAUUUCUCCAUCCCCUAUUUACCCCUUUUAUUGGGUGCCAUUACCGUCCAAGGAUCCGUUGUUGCUCCGAGAUAUAUCCACCAGCGUAUGCUUGAGUUUGCUGCUCUACACAAUAUUAAGCCUGUUGUUCAAACCUUCCCGAUGACGGAAGCUGGUAUCAAGGACGCCAUGGACAAGUUGGAGCAAGGCAAGGUGCAUUUCCGCGCGGUUCUGAAGCCCGAGUAA